AUGAUGGAGAACCAGGCAUCGUUCCUGCAAGGCGUAACCUCUAACUCUCCUAGUGGAUCAUACUGUAACGACGCAGGAAAGAGUUGGUGCAACUUUGCGUACACCCUGGUCGGCUCAAAUCCGACCGUUGGUGACCCUGUCACUGCCUCUCCUGGAUCCACAAUUAGGACGCACUACAAGUUGAACUCGGCAACGAAUCUCUGGGACCAAGAUGUCUACAUUGAUAACAAACUCGCUUCCUCCGUCUCAACCAGCAAAGGACAGAAAGGAAACAUCUUUUAUAUUUCUAUCGAGUGCGCGUCUGGUGGCUGCGCCGAGCACCCUGCGCAUAGCUGGGAAGAUGUCUCUAUUGUCCUUACCCAAGCUGAUGAAAGCUUUGGGCACACCGGGGGCUGGGAUCAUGGGGCUACUGGCGGCGACAUGUCAUCUCCCGACGGCGGCAAGACUUGGAAUUUCAGCACUCUCAAUAUCCCGGCACAGAAGGCUGAGUAG